CCGACUGGUCCUUGAGAGGCAAGCUGACUGUGGAUGUGAACCCACAACGUGCGCCGUGCCGACACGACACGCAGACAACCUCGCAUAAAUGUUCCUAGAAAAAGAAAAUAAGAAGCUGCGUGUUCCCUCAUUGUGAACUUUCUGUUUCCAUAAAAGGAGUUGCUCGUGUGUCCUCCAAUCCCCUCUUUGCACGCGAGAAGCGUGAUGAUGUCACGUGACCAAGUCUGAAGGGCAGGUGCGACUAGUAAGACUGUACAACCACUCACUUCUUGUCACCUGCAAACCUCGCAGCUUCACAGUUUGGUCUUUGGUCUGAUCGAGUGACUGUCAACAUGGCAUGCACCAAGGUUACCCUGUUGUUGGCUAUUUUGCUGAUGUUUCCAAUGACCUCUCAAGGUAUUUGCUUUGGGGACCUAUUUCUGGCGGUGACGGCAGGAGCGGCAGCUGUUGUUUUGGCUCCGGUGGCGAUCGCAGCUGUCGGAUUUGGAGCUGGAGGCAUUGCAGCUGGAUCUGUGGCCGCAGCUGCAAUGUCGACAGCCGCCACCACUGGGUACGGAAUGGCGGCGGUGUCUGCCUUCCAGUCCAUCGGAGCCGCAGGUAUGGCAGUCUCCCACAUGGCUGUGGUAGGGGGAGCUGUGGCUGGCACUGUGUACAGCGCAUCUGAGACCUGCGAACGCAACUGUUGAGUCACGUGACCUCGUCCAGCAUCACACGUUUAUUUACAUCCAUUAGUAUGUUAAUCUGUGUUAAUCACUUGUCUUUACAUGUUGCCGUAGAGACCAGUUUAGAACUUUGCUUCUGGUAUCGUUUGCAUACUACUAAGUCCAGUCACGUGAUCAUUUCUGUUUUAGUUCAGGUGUGGAAAGAAAAACAAGAUCAGUAUAAUACAAUUUAACUCGAUUUGUCCCACAGUGCUAUUAACCAACUCGCACAUCUACAAAUAAUUUUUAAGAUGAGGUAAGUAUAGGCUGCAGAGUGUAAACAUAGCCUCCCCUGUACACUGGCAGACAUGUAAAUGUUUUGAUUCUGUAUUUCUGUUGUCCGCCCUUUGCUGGCUGCUGUAUUAGUGUCUGCAAUAUCUUUGUUUUUACAUUCUCUUUGAUAUGAUAGAGUAUUAUCUCUUUUAGCGUUCCUGUCUUUUGCUUCAAUUACCGAUUGUAAACUCAAAUCAGCAAAUAAUAACUGCGUUAGAUUAUUAAUCUUUCGUUGAGCAGUUUACAGGGCUAUCUGUUUAUUUGUUUACAUCGCAAAUGUGUUAACUGGUCCGUGACACCUAACGUUCAGGCUUUUUCACACAUUCCCUUUAGUGCAUUUAUGUUAAAUUCUUUGUGUAUCUUAAUUCAAGAGAGUGCAUAAUAAAUAUUUUUAAAAAUUCAA